AUGGCGAUUCCUGUCCUCUUCUUACGCCUUCAUGAGGCUACUCUCAGGGUGGGCGAGCAACACCUCGGAUUCGGUUUCGGUAGCCUCCAACCUGACGACAUGAACAUCGACUUCUCCUUCAGCCUAGAGGAAUACAUGAGAUCAUACAAUUUCAACCCAUUUGAAAUCCUGGAUCACCAGGAUUUCAACCCAUUUCGUCCAGGUGGCUGGUUCACCCUGGCUCCCAUGUCACCUGGCUUUCCAUGCAAGCUUGCCAUACGGGACCUUGCAAAUGUCUUUGAAGGUGGACCACUCUCAUUUGCAAUGUCGGUGGAUGCAAACGUUUGGCGCUUGGCGCUUCUCGCCGCGUUUUGGCCAGCCGCAAAAGCAACUUCGACCAAUGUGGAACAAUUCCCUCCAAUCUUAAGAGUCCCAAUCGGUGAAACUGAUUCCAUGUUCUGCAAAUAUCCAAUAUUACAAGAUACUGCUGAAGUUUCGUGGUGGAAGGAGGGUCAGAAGGCAUUUAUAGAACCAAACAGCAGAAAUAAGUUCAAUGUAAAGAAAGGCAGGGGCACAUUUACUCUCCUGAAUGUGAGCUACUCAGACGUCGGUGUGUAUUACUGUCAAGUGAAAAGUCAACAACAAAUAUUUGGAAAUGGAAGUGGAUCUCAGCUUAUUGUGCUAACUCCCCCAACUCCGCUGAAAAUCAUUCGUGUUGAAGAAACUUCACCGAAAACCCGGAAGCUCAUGUGUAAAACUGCAGCAUUUUAUCCGAAGAAAUUAGACAUCUUUUGGCGCAGAAAUAAUAUGGAAAUUCUACCCAAAAUGGAACCGUCAAUAACUGAGACUUCAGAAGGAUUGUAUGAGGCUUCCAGUACUUUGGAAGAUGUGCAGCCUGCUCAGGGUAAAGUGGUUUACACCUGUCUGGUAUCUCACGAAACGCUCAAAAUUCCUACCAGUUUCAGCUAUAUUAUCGAACAAGAUCUAGACAACAUCAAUAAGCCCCUGAUUCUCGGAGGUGCGUUGGGCGGACUGGCAAUUGUAAUUCUGAUUAUAAUUUUGAUAAGAAUCGGAGUAAAGGCAAAACGUGGCUCUCUUCCACUGCACGUAUCUCCACCGUACUACUACUGCCACCACGUCGACGCAGGCCUAAGGGGCCGGCAUCGGUCACGAUGA